AUGUGCUUCGAGUUCGGCUCGUGUUUCGGCGGCCCAAGGACGGACGACUACGGCGGCGAGCGGCCCAACCGCAACAACGAGCACGGCGGUGGCCGUCAUGGCCGCGACCGGAGAGGGAACCACGGGAGCGCCUACAACGGCGGCGCCGCUGAACCCAAACCGGCACUGCAGGUGGCGUACCACUACCAGCCGCCCGCCACAGUCGACGAGGCCGGGCACAAGGCCUACCACGACGGCGCCGGUGGCCGCGGCGGGUACGCCGCCUACCCGCAACACAAGGCCGACCUCCAGGCGCCGAAGCCUCCCACGUGGCAAAACAAGGUCGGCGAGGACGCCUACACGGGGCGCCUCCAAGCCCAAGAACCUGCGGCCAUGGAUUACCACCACUACCCAACCAUCAACACCACUACGACUCUAGGCAGGUACUAG